CAAGACACAAUUAUUUUGUAAAUUUUGUCGACUCUCCGGUAUCAAUUUGUGGCCAUCGUCGAAUUUCGGAUAUUGUGACGGCGAUUUUACAAACGCCGCCGGCAAAGUGGAUCCCCGAGGAUUAGGACCCCAGGACUAUGCCGGCAUGGUUGGUUUGCCGGGCAGUGGUGCUGGGGUUGUACAAAAUGGUGGCCCUGGUAUGGGUGUGCCACCCGUUGGUCCGGGUGCUCAUAUGUAUCCCGGUGUUGGACCACAAGAUAUUCGCGAUAUUGUACAAAUGCCUCCACCACCACCCUCCAACGCUCCCACAUCGGCUGAUGCUUGCCUAAGUAUUGUUCAUUCGCUGAUGUGCCAUCGUCAGGGCGGUGAAAGUGAAGGAUUUGCCAAACGUGCCAUUGAAUCAUUGGUCAAGAAACUCAAAGAGAAACGUGACGAAUUGGAUUCAUUGAUAACCGCCAUCACAACCAACGGUGCACAUCCCAGUAAAUGUGUUACAAUACAGCGUACAUUGGAUGGACGCCUACAGGUUGCUGGGCGCAAAGGUUUCCCUCACGUCAUCUAUGCUAGGAUUUGGCGCUGGCCCGAUUUACAUAAAAACGAAUUGAAACAUGUCAAAUAUUGUGCAUUCGCUUUUGAUCUCAAAUGUGAUUCGGUCUGUGUGAAUCCCUAUCAUUAUGAACGUGUCGUUUCGCCGGGCAUUGAUUUGUCCGGUCUAAGUUUGCAAUCGGGCCCCAGUCGCCUUGUCAAAGAUGAAUACUCAGCUGGACCGCUGGUGGGUGGUAUGGAUAUUGAUGGCAACGAUAUUGGUACAAUACAACAUCAUCCAUCACAAAUGGUUGGACCACCAGGCGGUGGUUAUGGUUAUCCCCAAGGACCGGUUAAUGAUCCCAAUCAUAUGAAUGCCGCCGCAAUGUAUGCCGCUGCUGCAGCAGCCGGUCGUACGAUACCAAAAAUUGAACCAAAUGAGGGAGGUCCACGUAGUUCGUGGAUGGUUCCACCACCGCCACGGCUGCAGCCUCCUCAGGCGGCCCAGUUACCCACACAACAACAACAACAGACACAGCAACAAACUGCUGCGGGACCGCAACAAACAGCUACACAACAACAGCAGCAGCAUUCAACACAAACGCAACAGCAACAACAUUCACUUUCUGUUGGUCAUGGUAUGGGUAUGCCAGGCCCAAUGAAUCCCGGCCCCGUUAUGGCACCACCACAACCACAAAAUCCUCAAGGCAACGGCCAUGUGGUGGGCCAACAUCAUGGUGCCACAAAUUCACCUAAUGAUCCCACGGGAUUAGGUAUGCAACAGCCACCACCGCAGGGUCCAUCCUCAAUGUCGGCUGCAAAUGGUGGCCAAGGUGGCCAGGAUCCAAGCGGAUAUUAUGGUUCACCCAAUACCUCACAAAUGCCUAAUGUAGCUGAUGCUAAAUUUAAUGCUGCCCUUAAUAGUGGUACCGGGCCGGGCGGCGGUGGUGGUGGCGUGGGUGUUGGUAAUGUCCAGCAACCGAUUAGCCCGCAUAUGCAACAAAAUGGUUUUGUAAAUGCCGCAGCGGUGGCGGCGGGGCAAGGAAGUGGCGUUGGCGGCGGUGGCCAAGGUCAACAACAUAACUACGCUCAACAGGUGCAAGGUCAAAAUGCUCAAAAUGCAAAUCAACCAAAUGCCCCGGGUGGCGGUAAUGUUGCAGGCAAUACAGCCUCACCGGCUGGUACAUGGACCGGGUCAUCGACCCUAACCUAUACACAGGCAAUGCAACCGCCCGAUCCAAGGACCCUUAUGCCGGGAGGUUAUUGGAACAAUAUAAAUGUAAUGCCCCAGCAGGAACCUCCACGCCUACUAUCACGUCAACCACCACCUGAAUAUUGGUGUUCAAUAGCCUAUUUUGAAUUGGAUACUCAAGUGGGUGAAACAUUUAAGGUGCCGUCGGCCAAACCGAAUGUCAUCGUCGAUGGUUAUGUUGAUCCAUCGGGUGGUAAUCGUUUUUGUUUGGGCGCCCUAAGCAAUGUUCAUCGACAGGAACAGUCAGAGAGAGCUAGAUUACACAUCGGCAAAGGUGUUCAAUUGGAUUUGAGAGGCGAGGGUGAUGUUUGGUUACGUUGCCUUAGCGAUAAUUCUGUGUUUGUACAAAGUUACUAUUUAGAUCGUGAGGCUGGCCGUACUCCCGGUGAUGCUGUACAUAAAAUUUAUCCAGCGGCAUGUAUUAAGGUAUUUGAUUUGCGUCAAUGUCAUCAACAAAUGCACUCACUAGCCAGUAAUGCUCAAGCGGCAGCUGCUGCCCAGGCUGCAGCUGUGGCCGGUCUACCCAGUUCACAACUGGGAGCGCCGCCCCGAAAUAUUUCUGCGGCCGCUGGUAUUGGUGUCGAUGAUUUGCGGCGCCUUUGUAUUUUACGUUUAAGUUUUGUCAAAGGUUGGGGACCUGAUUAUCCACGACAAUCGAUCAAAGAGACACCUUGUUGGAUAGAGGUGCAUUUGCAUCGUGCUCUACAAUUAUUGGAUGAAGUUUUGCAUACAAUGCCCAUAGAUGGUCCACGUGCGCUAGCCUAGAAUAUUAAGAUAAAUUAACAAA